AUGUCGGGCAUUCUCAUAGCUCCCUACAACGACUCAAUGCGCCUUGGGCAGGGCUACAAUUCCUUCCUUCAUCGCCCCUGUGUUCUUAAUGCGGUAAAGUUUACCGAUCCCAAGAAAGACAGCCCAAAUCUGAAGCAGAGAGACAACACCUCACAAACAGUCGACUACUCAUCACGCUUCGUGGACAAGAUAUCCGAGGUUGCCAAGAGUAUGAAUGUUAGCGCCGGCUCAUCCAUUAAGAACGGGGCCCUUAUCGGAUCUGGCAGUUCCAUUACUCUGGAUGAGGCAAAGUUCACAGAGAGUGACUUGAAUGCUGUCGUGUCGGUAAAGGUCAUCAAUCAGACUACAGAACUUCUUAGCGACGCCAGUUUCCUAGACCCUGGCAUCCCGUACUCGAACGACGAGUUUUUUGCUACAUAUGGGAACUGUUAUAUCUCAGUAAGUUGGUCAGGAGGAGGGCAAAUUAAACCCGAAACUCAAGGCUGGACCCUUGACUCGCUUUACAGUGCCGCUGCCGCCUUCCCGGCCAACGUUGCCAGAUGCCCUCAAAAGACAUGGGCUAUACUAACACCAUAUUAUCACUUGUCGAGUUUCCUCUCAUGGUCUAAAACCCUGGAAAUCAAAGUCCCAAAGUUCGACGGAGCUCUGGUCUAUGCUAAUGUUCUCCUUGACAUGUUCAUGGAGUAUAAAACCUUAGUGGGACGCAUCCAGGCAGUUCUUAAUAAUCCGGUCGAUUAUAUUCCCACUCAGUCGGAAAAUCCCAUCAGGGUCAACAUUCGCGAGCUUUUGGGCGUACGCAAGAUAUUGAGCAUGCAAAUGAAGGAAAUCACAAAGACGGUGGACCAAAUAUCGCUACGCCCUGAGGACGUGGAGGAAAUUGAGAACGCGGCGUCCAUCCAGGAACCUGAGCUCUGGUCAGGUCGUAUUCCAAUUCAUAAGCCCAACGAAGAAAACAGCGAUGAAUGGACCACGGCUCGGGCCGCCGAGAUUUUGUCCAACUUUUCAUUCUCUGCUGGUCGGUCUAUGGAGCAUGAGCUGGAAGAUGAAGUUGCCGAUAGUCAACCUCUUCACCAAAGUACUUAUCCCUUGGUACAACUUGCCGGCCACGAGCUUUCCUUAAUGGAAGAUGAGAAAAGUGCCUUUAGCACAGACGAGGCCAGAGAGAACUUCAAAGACCUUUGGAUCGGAUUGCCCGUCGGUGGUGCUGAAGGGAAGUUUUUCAAUAUGGCCCCGGGGCUGGUGAUGAGGAAUGACACAUACCCAACGAGCCUUGGAUUCCACAUGUGCCGCAAUAGCAACGAGACAGUUGUUCUUGGGUGGAUGCGGACUUCCUAUGAAGGAGGUGCUUACAAACCGCUUGGUGCUAGCGAUGUCGAACCAGUGGAAAGUGUGGUGCUAGAUUUGGAGCCCGAUGAGCGCGUUGUUAGGGUUCGCAUGUCCAAGCAUAAAGAGUCGAAGGAUGGACUGGUUGGCAUUGCUUUUCUUGAACUUAGUACUUCGGCAGGGAAGAAGGUAUCAAUUGGCAGUUCAAAGGGAUUGAAGAUUGUGGAUACUGUGCCAGAGGAUCCUUCUCAUGGCCUGAUGGGCUGGUACGGCAGGGAAUUGGAAGAUGGCCCCAUCGACCGCCUUGGGACAAUUUGGAAGUAG